AUGGCGGGCGUAGCCACCGCGUAUUCGACAGAUGCCCUGCCCUCAUCGGGAGGCGUGGAGAAUGAGAAAUGGGAGUUUGCAGUGCCGAUCUCAACCGAUGACCCCCAGCAUUCCUCGCGAAUCCGCAAUUCCCACGAUUCAAGCUCCGCUCGUGCGAGAUCGAUCAAGAACCGCAACUCCAAUGGCUCGCGCAGCUCGUCCGUCUCCCGAACCGUGCAAUCGCACGACCCGUCGUAUCUAAACUCGAGCCGCGGACGCCGGGAUCCCAGCCUCAAUCGACAUGGAAGUGACCUGGGCAGCACGAGAGACAGCUCUGGGCCGGAGUCAACUGCCCCCGGCGAGCCCGCAGAAUCCCGGGAUGGAUAUGGAUGGCAACCUGAGGCAAUCAGCGAGAACUGGAUUCACCGAGACAAAUUGGCGAAAAUCGAGAGCCAGGAGCUGCAACAAGCUGCCAUUCUCUUCAACCGACGGAUGAGGGCAGAGAGCAAGUCGAGCGUAGGACGGGGUAGGAGCCACGAUUCUCACCUAGGGGCUGCCAAUGGCCCCGUUUCGGCGACUUCGCCCACUGCUGAACACUCUGAGCCCUGGCCUGAACUAAGGGAGGAGAACAAAAAGGAGUUCGGCCCAGACGCGGUCGAGGAUGAGGAACGGAAACACUGGGAUCUCCGCCGACCCGAGGAGAUUGCUGCGGAUGAAGCUGCAGCAAGCCUGUACAGCAUCCCCGGUCUUCGGAAGAGCUCUUCGCGAAUACCCAUUUCGACCGCUAGUCCCGUACCGAUCAUGCCGGGCCGCGACUCUCGCGGACCCCGAAGCCGUGCGGCAACCGAUGAACGCGACGACGAUGAAUUUGGCCGAGGCCGCAGAGCUAGCGAGCCCACCACGAUUGAGCCGGAGGCUUCGACUCCUUCGCCGGGAAGCCGUCCAGGAAGUCGUGGGUUUAACACCACCCAAAAUACACCGGCGAAGAAGACUCCAGGCAAGGUGACUGGCUCUGCGGGCUCUGCCACCCGAAAGACCUCUGCUCCACCGACGAACAGAAAGACUUCCACUGCAAGGUCACGCGCUGUCUCUGGAAAUGCCACGCAGCGUCCCGUCACCCGCGGUGGAGAGGCCCGACCCCCAACGGCCAUCAACCGGCCAGAGGGUGAUCCACCAUGGUUGGCGACGAUGUACAAGCCUGACCCUCGGCUGCCACCAGACCAGCAGAUGCUCCCCACACUUGCCCGGAAGAUGCAGCAAGAGCAAUGGGAGAAGGAAGGUCGUGCUCCUACCACCUAUGACCGGAACUUUGCACCUCUUGCCGUCCACCCAGACGAUGCGCCCCCGGUUCCGCAGAAGACGGAGGAGCCAGUGGUAAACGAAAAGCCGGAGGAAAAAGUAGAGGAGCCGCCGAGACCGAUCAAGAGCCCAGAACCGCCACGACCGAACACGAGUACUGGCUACAGCACCAUGCCCAAGGUGCAGGACACCCCGCCAAUGGGCCUGACGCCCAAUCCCAAUUGGAACCCGCCCGUGGUGACUGCACGGGAGCCACCGAAGAAGGACAAGGGGUGUGGAUGUUGCAUUGUGAUGUGA